AUGUAUAAGCUUUAUCAAAUUCCAGUUGCUUUAAUAGCAGUGGAUUAUGAUAAAUUUGUUCAAUUGAGUUGGUCCACACCAGACUGCAAACGCUGUGAAGUGAAAGGAGCAUUACCAAAGUUAGCGAUUGCUGGUGUCAUCUUAGGUUCAUUUUUGAUACUGUUCUCUAUCUUUACUCUCUACCAUUUCUAUACUUAUGAUAAAGUUGAAAAAGAACAUCAAGCAAAGAUCGAAAAGUUUUUGGAGGAUUACAGAAAUUUCAGACCCACGAGAUACUCGUAUGCUGAUGUUAAAAGGAUUACAAAUCAAUUUGCUGAAAAGUUAGGUGAAGGAGCAUAUGGAACAGUAUUCAAAGGAAAGCUUUCCAAUGAAAUUUAUGUUGCAGUGAAGAUCCUGAAGACAUCAACGGGAAAUGGGGAAGAAUUCAUAAAUGAAGUAGGAACAAUGGCUAAGAUCCAUCAUGUUAACGUGGUUCGCUUGGUUGGCUUUUGUGUUGAUGGAUUUAGAAGAGCUGUAGUUUAUGAGUUCUUACCAAAUGAUUCACUAGACAAGUUUAUAUCUUCAACGACCGCCAAGAACCUUAUUCAUAAUUGGGAUAAGCUGCAAGAUAUUAUUGCUUUCGGCGUAGCAAAAGGAAUCGAAUAUCUUCACCAAGGAUGCGACCAACAAAUCCUCCAUUUUGACAUCAAACCUCACAAUGUUUUGUUAAACCAGAACUUCAAUCCAAAAAUUUCUGAUUUUGGUCUUGCCAAGUUGUGUUCUAAGGAUCAAAGUGCAGUUUCCAUGACCACAGCUAGGGGGACUAUGGGCUACAUUGCACCUGAAGUGUUCUCUAGAAAUUUUGGAAAUGUAUCUGCAAAAGCAGAUGUUUAUAGCUUUGGAAUAUUGUUACUUGAAAUUGUUGGAGGGAAGAAAAAUGUUGAUGUUGCAAUUGAGAACACUAACCAAGUCUACUUUCCAGAAUGGAUCUACAAUCUCUUGGAACAAAAAGAAGACAUACGAAUCUUUGUUGAGGAUGAUGGAGAUGCUAAAAUUGCAAAGAAACUUCCAAUUGUAGGACUUUGGUGCAUCCAAUGGCACCCAAUGGACCGUCAUUUAAUUAAAAAUGUGGUUCAAAUGUUAGAAGAAGAAGAAGAUAAAUUAACGAUGCCUCCUAAUUCCUUUGCCUCUGCAGGCCUCAUAAAAACUAGAGAAAAUAUGGCUACAAAACGUCUAAACAAUUAG